GUCGCUGGAGGGAGGAGCCACAACCAGAUGCUACCUGCUCUACUCUGCACGGGGCGACAGAGUGAGCGAUGAGUCCAUGCUGACCUUGGACGUAGGAGGGUUGAGAGAAGGAACGCUCCCGCGGCGAGCAAGAACUCUGCCCUCUCCGUUUUGAUCUGACGCUGGGGACGAUGGAUGUUAUAGAGACCGCGAAACUCGAAGAGCAUAUGGAAAAUCAGACCAACGAUCCUGCAAACACCUACACAAGACCUGCUGAGCCCAUUGAGGAAGAAAACAAAAAUGGCAACGGUAAACCCAAGACCUUAUCCAAUGGGCUGCGAAAGGCUACCAAGAAGUACCCGGACUAUGUCCAAAUUGCCAUGCCCACCGAGUCGAGGAACAAGUUCCCCCUGGAGUGGUGGAAAACGGGCAUCGCGUUUGUGUACGCACUCUUCAACCUUGUCCUCACCACCGUCAUGAUCACGGUUGUGCACGAGAGGGUCCCUCCCAAGGAGCUCAGCCCUCCGCUCCCAGACAAGUUCUUCGACUACAUCGACCGGGUGAAAUGGGCGUUUUCUGUAUCAGAAAUAAAUGGGAUUAUAUUAGUUGGAUUAUGGAUCACCCAGUGGCUGUUUCUGAGAUACAAGUCGAUAGUGGGGCGCAGGUUCUUCUUCAUCAUCGGGACCCUGUACCUGUACCGCUGUGUCACGAUGUAUGUCACCACCCUCCCGGUGCCGGGGAUGCACUUCCAGUGCGCUCCCAAGCUUAACGGGGACUCCCAGGCCAAGGUGCAGCGGAUUCUCCGGCUGAUUUCUGGCGGUGGGCUGUCCAUCACCGGGUCCCACAUCUUGUGUGGGGACUUCCUCUUCAGUGGUCACACGGUCGUACUGACGCUUACGUACUUGUUCAUCAAAGAAUACUCGCCCCGCCACUUCUGGUGGUACCACCUGGUGUGCUGGCUGCUGAGCGCGGCCGGCAUCGUCUGCAUCCUGGUGGCGCACGAGCACUACACCGUGGACGUGGUCAUCGCCUACUACAUCACCACGCGGCUGUUCUGGUGGUACCACUCCAUGGCCAAUGAGAAGAACUUGAAGGUCUCGUCACAGACGAAUUUCCUGUCUCGGGCGUGGUGGUUCCCCAUCUUUUAUUUUUUUGAGAAGAAUGUACAAGGCUCAAUCCCUUGCUGCUUCUCCUGGCCACUGUCCUGGCCUCCUGGCUGCUUCAAAUCAUCCUGCAAAAAGUACUCGCGGGUCCAGAAGAUCGGUGAGGACAACGAGAAAUCCACCUGAGGGCAGGCCAGCGGUGUCCGCCCACACCAAAAGUCCACGCUGUAACCAAAGGCAUAGUUUCGUCUUUAUUUUAGGAGAACUGGCAGAUGAAGAAUGGACCAAGCUUUGUGUGAGCCGUUGGGAAGGUUGAACGAAGUGCUGCCUUGGACAGGUUUUUUAUCCCUUCUGAGAAAGCAGCAGCCAGCUCCUCGCCCCGGUGAGAGCCCCAGCGGGGCCGUCCUUGCGCGUGUGUCCAAACGGUGCCAAAGACACGACUCCUUUCCUCCUCCUCCACCAAAACUUCUACUUGAGAAUUUUUUCAGGAUCUUUUCCUCCCUCGGUCAGAAGAGUUUGUUAACAUUUUAAAUAAAAUAUCUGGAUGUAUACAGCCACUGUGUACAGUGGCCACUGUGUAAUCCGGACCUGGGAGCGGUUCGAGCUUCAGGCUGAGGGUGGGGAGACCCUGGGUCCUGAGUCCCCCUUGGUGAACCCCGUGUCACCCCUAGGAAGGAUGCGGGGAAGGCCCGGGCCAGCCAGGGAUUCUUGCUGCUGCUACCUCCCGGCGCGCUGCGCGUCAGGUUUACUUCUUUGUUUUUAACCAAUCAUUUUAUUUUUAAGAAGGGUGACCCACGUAAAUCUGGUCCAUAGACUUUGCACGUGUGUAAAUAUUCCACGCUGAGGUCUCCACGGCAGACACGCAGGAAGCGCGAGGCUGUUCCCGCUGGCGAGGGGCUACGGACACACUUAGACGCCCUCAGCCGGUCAGUUUGCACCUGCUGCCCCCACCUCCCGCCCCACGGCUGGAGCCCAGGCUGAAAGCACGUGGGUGAACGGCGCACACCCGGGGAGCGUGCCUGUCGCCUUCCAGGCCAGACCCUGUGAGAGCUGCUGGUAGAGCUGCUGAGUGGACUCAAGUGCACGUGCUCACGGCUCCCUCAGAUUCCCUUCCUCACCACACUGCUCCGUGGAAAAGCCAGGAGCGAGCCCACGCGUUCAAUGUGUCUUUGCCAUUUAGCGAAACACUCGGCCUCUCGGGGUGAUGCUAAGAACGAGCCCACAGUCGGCGAUGUCCCUCUCACCCGGGAAGACAGGACACGGUGAGCCCGGAGCACUGGUUAUUGCCACACAGGAUGGGCGCGGCUCCUAACGUCAUUCAGUUGAUGCCAAAAGAUGGAUUAAAACAAAUCAGAUCAGCUUUAAUGCUAUCCGGCUCAGCACACGAUUUAGUGCUAGUUUAGUUCAACCGUUAGCUAAUUCGGGCCAGCAGGUGGCGUAGAGGUUAAGGCGCUGGAUCCCACGGGCCGGCUGGGCAUCGAAGUCCUAGGCCCGGCAGCUUGAAAAUCAUGCUGGGAGCCUGGAGGACUGCAGCGUGGCUGUCCCCUUGGGGCGAUUUCUCACUUUCUCUGUGUCUCUCAGGUGAGCGCACAUGCACUAUGGAAAAACUAUGAAGAAAAAACCUUCUAGAUGAUUCUUGACCUAAUUUCCUAACUACUUGAAGGUCCAUUUGCACGGCUGCAAAUGGCCUUGAAAGGACAGGGCCACCGAGCUGGGCAGAGGGUCAAAGGCGACGCGUUCCCUUCAUGGGCACACCUCUAAACUGCCCAUGGUGAGCAGCCGGCCUUGGUUACGCACAACCGACCUUCACGCCGCUGGGGAGAGCAAGUGAAGUCUGUUCGGAGGGUCCAUCGCCCUUUGGUGCUAAAAUUACUCUGUUCAUGUUCUCAGAACGACUCUGUAACGGGAGAAUCGCUAAAGGAAUUAGCGGCUAAACCCAGAGGCAGGAAGACUCUCCAAUCUGUUAUUUUAAACAACAGUUGACCCCCCCCCAACACUUUUGGCAGGUUUGAAACACAAGGAUUUUCCCGGUAUUUCCCAUUAAGUAAACCACUAAGCCAUUCCCAGCUCACCGCUGUGUGUGCCCCAGUUGUACAACUCCCGCCGUCAGUUCAUUAACUGUUGACACUUGGGAUAGAGCCUGGCGUCUCGUUUGAAAACACGGAUUGGCGGUUCCUGAUGUCUGAUUUUGAGGGAAAGCUUCCAGCUGGAAGCCUGGGUUUUGCUGCCCUGACAUUGGUGUUUUUCUCGAGCUUCUAAUUCAAAUAAAACAAUCUGAUAUACCUGCAAGCCUUACUCAGCUGUGUCUUGGACAUCCUUCUCUUCAAUUGAAUAAGGAAAAGCAUUUAAGUUUUUUUUUUAAUAAUUGUGUAUUGAUUAUUGGACAUCUUGAAACUAGCCAGCCUUGCCUUUGGGUCAGAUAAUUCAGUUAGUGAAGAAACACCACCACCACCUUUUGAGGAACUGUAAAAGCACCCCACCAUGCGUGUGGAUGCCGCUGCCCGUUCCUUACACACGCCCUUGCUCUCUGACAGGGUCGGGGAAGCUUGGGCUUUCAAAAGAAGGGACAGAAAGUCAAAGUUUCAUGAUGAGGAAAAUAAAAGAAACCUGACACUCACAUUCAGGAAACCAAAGGUGAGAGGCCUAACCCGCAUGCCACCUGGGCGCGUAAAACACAAACAACUACAACCUUGGCCUUGAAACAGCUCCUCUUCAGAGCGCCUUUUCUCUGCCGAGGGACACUAGAUCUUAGUCGUUAUCCUCAUCAUCGAGCUGUCCCCCUGUUCAAAGCUGUUUCUGUAAUUUAGUCCUGCUAAAUAGCUCCAACACACCGUUCCUGUAAACGAUGUCACGUUUCCUUUUCCUGAAUUCCUUCAAGUGUCUGAGCCCCUCCACGAAAUCUGACAGUAAACAUUCUCCCCGAGUUCCCCUGAACUGACAGCGAAUCUGCGUCCUUCUGACUGGGGUCUGGGAGCUGCGUGCCUUGGUCCAGCCUGGUUAGUGAGGACAGCACAGGGGUCCUUGCUGUGUCAGCAGUGCCCCCAUGUGGCGAUAUGCUAUGUGACUUGGAAUACAACUUUUGAAAGUGUAUGUUCACGUUUUUAAAAGGCAUUUGUUUUUUAAUUUUUGCCAGUAAUUUGAAAAUAGCUUGUGAGAGUAAUUAUUUUAAAGGCAUGUUAAACUUUUCACGAAGGGAAAAUGUGCACCAUAGCUGCAGUUUUCAUUCCUUUAUCCAUUUGAUCAAAGAAAACUUGCAGAGCCUUCUCACCUGUCAUUGUCACAAUCAUUAAUGUCUCCCUUUCGUUGUAACUGUUACUCUUUGUCUACUCCGAAACCCCACAUUGGAGCUCUUUCUUUUUAUGUACGUGCUUGAACUCAUGCUGUUUCUUGUUUUAUUAAAAGCUUGUAUCUUGUUCCUUGAA